AUGGCUUCAUAUAGAAAGACCGCACUUGUCUCAGCGGCAACAGCAGUGUAUAUGGCAUCAGCUUCCUACACCACGACACCCAGCUGCCUGACCCUCAAAGGCGCCUAUACCAAUGGAACAAACCUUGGCUAUAUUAAUGUUGGCGACCAAGGCUUUGAUAUCUAUGCCGUCUUUGUGAACAGCAUCUCCUUCGCGACGAAAUUCGGCCUUGAUGCCGGUUCCGGCAACCUGAUCGACUACGACGGGUCUCCAUACACAGGACUCAUCACAUCGGCCACUUGGGAGGGGGUAGGCCUCGCAUAUCUGCAUUUUGACACCCCCCAGAAUCUGCAGGACCAGGAAACCGCAGAAAACAUAGCGCUUACGUGCGAGCUGAGCCGCCACAGCAAUAUCCUGACUUGUGCGCACCCCCGCAAGCCGGCGUACAGCGUGCUUCAGUACUGUACCAAAUAUGAAAACGUCAUCGCGAUCUCGGAUGACAUCAAUCUGGACAACGACUGUGAGGCCAUCGUGAUCACCGCGUCGGCGGCCCGGGGCUGCACGGUCCCCACGAGCACGCCCGUCGUGACGCUCGCGACCACGACGACCACGACGACGCUCCCGACGAGCACCACGGCGCCACUGCAGCGGUAUCUGUGUCCCUCAGGCGGGCCGACGCUGUGCGCGGACGGCUUCCUGGUCAAGUGCAACAAGGUCGUGUAUCCUUUUGCGGGCUCGUGGUACGUCGUACCAGGGAUCCGCUCGGAGAUAAAGUGCCACCAGGCCUGCGUCGCCGACGCAGCCUGUGGCGGCUGGGAGUACUACGAGGAGGAGGUCGAUCUGAUCCUUUGCACGCACACGCAUGACAUGUAUUCGCCCAACGUUCAGUUUCGUUUUGAGUACUACUUUUAUUCGACUGGAAUCAGAGGGGUAUGUCAGUAG